AGAGUGUUUGCUGCAGCUCACCGGUCAAUGUGUCACGUUGACAUGAUCCUAUAGUUCUACAUGACUUCUGUCUUUAACCGGACAAUAUGAGGAUUUAUUCGGUCUGCAUGUUGUGUUCACUAAUUAUUAUAUCAUCAACAGCAAGUGACACAGGCGUUCAACCCAUUGUGGCCUUAGUUGGUGAUGACGUCAUCCUGCCUUGCACCUUGAGACACACCGUCAGCGCUGUGCAUCAGUCAGUAGAGUGGCAGAGACCGGACCUAAAACCAAAAGAGGUCCAUCUUUACAGAGAUGAGAAGGACGAUCUGGUGCUCCAGAAUCCAGUCUUCAGGGGAAGGACGUCACUGUUCAAAGAGGAACUAGAGAACGGCAACACUAGUUUAAAGUUGACCAGAGUGAAACUCUCUGAUGCUGGAAACUACACCUGUUACAUUCCACUGCUGGACCACCAGAAAACCAUCAUUCAACUCCUUGUUGGUGCUGUGUCCAGACCAGUUAUCAUCAUUGAGAGAAUGGAAGGCGAUGAGGUGGUCCUGCGGUGUGAGGCUGAAGGCUGCUACCCAGAGCCUGUCAUGGAGUGGUGUGACGCUCAGGGACGUGUCCUCCCUGCUGCUGGACCUACAGAGACGUCCAGAGACCGUGAAGGCUGCUACACUGUGACAAGCCAUGUCAUCGUCCCGAACUCUGACAACAACACCUUCACCUGUCGCGUUCAACAGUUGGAGAUCAAACACAUGAAGGAGAGACAGGUUCAUGUUCCAGAUCAAAUGUUUCCUAAGACGUGUCAUUCCUGCUGGCUGACAGUUCUUGGAGCAGUUCUUGGAGCAGUUCUUGUUGAAGCUGUAGCUGGAGGUCUCUACUUGUUGAUAAGAAAAGGACAUAGACCUUCAGAAAGGAAGCGUGGACGUCAGUAA